AGCUGCGUAGUAUUUACUUCCGGUGCCGGGAACCCCACGCGCAGAAAUUGUGAUACUCCGUAAUUUUUAUAUAUUUAUCAUAAUAUCUGACAAUCAUGGUGACCAUUGAACAACUUUACAAAGAUUUUGGGGUUCUUGCAGACGCUAAGGAUAAGGCAGGAGAGCAUGAGAAGGAAUAUGAAUCUAUUCUAAGCGCUGUGAGUGGGGGAUCGUCCGAGAAGAGACUUGCCUCACAGUUCAUCGUCCGAUUCUUCAAACACUUCCCAAAGCUGGAACAUACUGCCAUCAAUGCUCUAUUUGAUUUGUGUGAAGAUGAUGAUAUCAUGAUCCGGAAACAAGCCAUCAAGGACCUCCCGACCAUAUGUAGAGUUGCCACAGAACACGUCCCUAAGAUCUCCGAGGCCCUUGCCCAGUUGCUACAGUGUGAUGAUGCCACGGAACUCAGUCUUGUCCAAUCUUCCCUUGUCAGUCUUCUAAAAGUAAACACCAAAGGUACUUUACAAGGUUUAUUUACUCAAAUCAUGGGAGAAGAUGACACAGUGAGAGAGAAAGCUAUCAAAUUCCUUGGUGCCAAAGUGAAGAAUCUGCCUGAAGAAAACCUGGACAAAGAAACAGAAGAAUAUCUCGUGACCGAGUGUAAAAAGGUGUUACAAGAUGUUACCAAGGACGAGUUUAUCUGUAUGAUGGACAUCCUAAAGGGCCAGAAAUCCAUGAACACCGUACAGGGAAGACAACAGCUGGUAGAAAUCGUGACGGAACAGGCUGAACUGGAUCAAGAUUUUGUGGCUAAAGAACCAGACUGUGUUGACAAACUGAUGCAUUGUAUUAAACAGGCACUUCCACUGUUCUCUAAAAAUGUUCAUUCGAAGGCCUAUGUGGGCUACAUUUGUGACAAUGUACUACCAUCAGUGGAAGAUCUGGCUAGUCCAGAGGAAGGCGUGGAUGCUCAGCUAGAAAUGUUGAAACUGUUUUCAGAGAUUUCCGAGUUUUCUGGGGAUCUUGACAAUUUAGAAGACCGAGUGACACAUGUAUACAAUUGUUUAAUUAAUUACAUGCCGGUACCUCCAGCGGAGGAAAAUGAUGUACUUUCAGCAAAUGAGCGACCGAAAUUCCACUUCUCUUUUGUGGAGUGUUUGAUGUUCGCUUUUCAUCAAAUGGCAAGAAAGUUACCUGGCUUUUUGACAGAUGAAGCAAAUGCUGACAGGCUAAAGGAUUUUAGAUUAAGAUUACAGUAUUUUGCCAGAGGUGUCCAGGUAUACAUCAAACAACUAAGACAAGCACUACAGGGGAAAACAGGGGAGGUGUUAAAGACGGACGAGAACAAAAUCAAGGUUGUAGCUUUAAAGAUCACCUCUAAUAUCAACACAUUGAUCAAAGAUCUGUUCCACAACCCCCCAUCAUACAAGGCCAUCCUCACCCUCUCCUGGAAACCUCUUGUGAGACAGCCUCAGGCAGCAGCAGCACAACCAACGGACACAAGUCCCACCACUGCAGGACAAAAGAGAAUCACACCCAUCACAUUUGGUACUGGAGACAAAACUGCAAAAAAAAUGUCAAAACAGGACAGAUCAUUAUACUCGCCUCCGAGUGGAAAGUUCAGUCAGCGGGCAGGAGCAUUCAAGGAAAUGACAGGAAACACACAGGGCUUUGGAGGACAAGGACGAGGACGAGGACGAGGAGGGAGACGUGGCAGAGGCGGAGGCGGAGGAGGGUACAGGCAGUACUGACAGGGAAGUACUAAGGGGAGACAACCAUCAACGAGAAAAGGAAAUUGUGGGAUUUGGAAACUGUAAUAUUUAUCUUAGCCUUCAUUUAUAUUCACGAACCAGUACUAGUAAGUAAGGUAAGUAUGUGUAGUAUGUUUGGAAAAGGUGUUCGAAUGAUGACCAGACUGAAAAAUUUAUGUUUCCUGUCAAUAUGGAUCUGUUACAGAAAAUUUUCAUUGAACAGAUAUUAUUUCAUGAUGGUUCAAUUAAAAUUUGUGUUGACGCAAAAGAAAUUUGAUAGAUUUUGAAGAAGAUGCAGGAACCAUAAUUAUUUUCAUCCUUGGCUUCAUAAACUGACUAGGUUAGAGAGAGGCAUGAAAUGACAAGAAAGCUCAAGAUAUUUGGAGGUAAGUUAUCUAGGCCUUUUUUAAAAAAAAUCUAUAGUUCCAAGGCUUUUACUUACAUUUAAAAUUUUGUGUUGACUGCUUUGAUGAUAUUCUGAAUCCAAAAACACCUAAUUUCUGUUUAAAUAGAAAAACUGAAGUAGAUAUAGUGUCAGAUGGAAAGAUCAUUUGGUAAUUGUAUUUUUUAACCUAGGUUUUAGACUACGUAUAGAGUGUUCGAUGGGUACUGUAAAGUGUAAAUAAAGGUGAGUCUUGUAUGCUAGAACGAGUGAGCGUUAGUUGUCGUGUCUGUGGACUAAAUUUUGCGGAGCAUAUUUUAUCUCAUACCAUGACUUCACAGGUUUGUUUCAUUCAAGUUGCAAAAUCAUUGAAAGUUCCAUGCGCAGAUGCUUUGAGGUCAAAUGUAAGUAUUGUUGGCAGCUAUGAAGCAUGGUCUCUUGACAAAGAGUGAAUUUUCAUUAAAGUACACAGUUCAAUCACAAAACACACGUUUCCAAAUCCCACAUUUUCUCGUCUGAUGGUUCCAGUAAAUGUUUUAAUCAAGGAGCCAACAUCAGCAGCCAGCUUCUGUGCCGAGGGAACGAGGAUCAUUACUCAUAGAGUAACACUACGAAAGAGAAGCACUUGGAAGUCGGCUUUGCUUCCCAACAGGGGAGCGUAACUUAUGGAGUUUUUCCAGGUUUCAUUUUUAGAAUUCAUAAAACAUAUUCUGGAUAGUGAAGAGUAUGGAUUUACUUCCUGUUGUGGUUUAGAAUAUGAUUUUCUAGAUAUGUUAGGAAUAUGAAUUUCUUCAUAUUAUUUGCUCCAGAUGUGGAUAUUUAUGACAUGCAUCACUGAAGGUGAUUUUUAAAGAAUUUGUACGUUUUAAGAAUUAGGAUAUCAAAUUAUCAGUUUUCCUUCCAAUGUGAAGACAUUUUUUUUUCAUGUAUAAAUCAAUGUUUCAUAACUAUUGAGAGAAAUUACUGUGGAUGAUCAACAUCACAUAUACACAGUUCAGUUGUUAACUUCUUGAUAAGGUUUUCUUUUCCACAAAAUAUUCAUUUUAAGAUGUCUUUGUCAUCGUUUUAUAUAAUACUAAAAUCAUCUUAUGUCAUUGAAAUAUAUCGAGCAAGAAUUUGCUGUACUUUGUCCCUAGUUACAGCUUUAAAAGACAAUUUUAUAAAAUCUUUUUUUCUUCUACUUUCUGCUACACUGACUUGGAGUACUAAGUACAAAGUUCUGUCAUGUGUUGUUUUAUGGUAUAAGCUGAACGAUCAGUGUAGCCAUUGUUCAAUCGAUAACUUGCUCAUCAUUUUAAUUCCGUCAGAUUGUAUCUUGUAUUAUGAUAAGUUUGAAGGAUAGCUAUAGAUACAUACAUGUCUUUUGUCAAGUUAACGUCUCAGAAUUGAAUUUCUGUUUCCUGCUGUAGUCAAGAUGACAUGUAUUUUGAAAAUAAAAGUGAUUUUAAGUA